GGGGCGUCCAGGCUUCACGAUCGGAGGGGGAUAAGGAAGGAGAUGGCCGACUAGAAUCAACACCGCUACUGAAUUGGCGAGACUAUUUUUACGCAACACAUCUUCAAAGUUGAAGCGGGAAGAGGACGUGUCACAUAUUUAGUCACUCUUUCGAAAUGGCAGAACAAAACGCCAACGUUAGAUACCAAGAGCUGGUGAAUGAGGAGGAGCCCUCCCAGGAGGGUCUUGCCCAGGAUGCACCACCACCCUACAGCAGCAUCGCUGCAGCAAAUGCAGCCUUCUUUGAAUACAAGGAAGAUGGAGGGAGAUUUCCAAACCCUCCGUCCUACAGUGUUGCCACCACUUUGCCCUCCUAUGACGAAGCUGAGAGGAGCAAAGAAGAGGUUGCCAUCCCCCUGGUCGCUGGAAGAGUCACGGAGGACGACUUUGUGGCCAGGGAUGACUUUGAAGAUGCUGACCAGCUGCGAAUAGGAAAUGACGGCAUCUUCAUGCUCACUUUCUUCAUGGCAUUCCUCUUCAACUGGAUCGGGUUUUUCUUGUCGUUCUGCUUGACGACAUCGGCUGCUGGCCGAUACGGGGCCAUCUCUGGCUUCGGUCUGUCUCUCAUCAAAUGGGUUCUCAUCGUCAGGUUUUCUACCUACUUCCCUGGUUACUUUGAUGGACAGUACUGGUUGUGGUGGGUGUUCCUGGCUCUGGGCUUCAUGCUGUUCAUCAGAGGCUUCGUGAACUACUCUAGAGUGCGUAAACUGGCCGAUCCCACCUAUGCCAUUCUUCCCCGAACGAGGGUGCUCUUCAUCUAUUAGAGGCUAUCGGAUGUGGCCGAGCUGGACGUGGCGGAUGCGAGCCGUGACCAGAAGUCAGCCAGACGAGUUCUAGAUGAAGUCUACUCUCAAUAAGAUUUUCAGGAAUUGUAUCACUUGUUUAUUUUCUUUUGCAACUUUAUUAAUGGAAAACGAAUAACGGUAAUAUUCCCUCGAUGUACUCAUUAGUGGCGAAUGUCAAGUGCUAUUUACAUCCGUCUAUAUUGUGCAAGUGAUGCCUUAUAUGAUUUGAUGGCAGCGUACGAGCAUGCAUCUGCCCUUACGGUCCAUAGAUAGGGAGCGUCUCAUGUUGGUGACACCUGAAGCCAGCAGGUAGGUUUGUCACAGCAUGCCACCCGCUCUGUGAUCUAAUCCUAGUUCUGUUGUGACUACUAAAGGCUUUACUUAGAUGCCACAUGCACUUAAAAAGCUGGAUAACAUCAGGAAGUAAAUGCAGUUAUACCACACACACGUCACUCACCUGUUGGCUUUAAGUCCCGUUGCCCUAUUUUCCUUUUAACCACCAGGGGGCAGUGUUGUUUGCUGCUUUUAGCUUGUGAGAAGUCGUUCAUUAUUGGCAUGUCACAUUAAAACACCGUGUCAGUGAAGCACAUUCAAAUGACAUCCAUGUACCACAAGUUAUGAUUUUCCCAGUUAGAUAUAUUGUUGUACAUUAAAUUUGGUAAACCACCAACCUGGGAAAUGAAGUUUAGGUUACAAAUCUGAUUAGAGAUGAUCCAGGGUGAGAUUUUCAUCACAAACAAGUUAGAAACCAACCUGACUACAAACUUCUUCUUCUUCUUUUGGACAGUGGAAGCAACGGGGAGGAUUUCUUUUUCUUUAUGGGUCUGUGAUCAUAUUUUGCAAUUCACGCCCUCAUAAAGCUGGUGUAGAUACAACAGCCUAAACCUCCCCCCCCCCCGCCCCCCCCUUCAUUGUCAGUGGAAAAGCUUGUGAUGCGUCGACUUGGUUUUCUGAGCUUCUGCUGUUGAAGAUUUCACUCUGAAGUUAGGAUGAAAUUAUCUUGAGAAAAGAAAAUAAACUUACAUUUCAUUUUUAGUUUUUUUGCAAGAUUAAAUUGACAGUAAAGGGUAAUCUUGAUGAUGAUGAAUGAUUAAUACGGUGUAAGUUAAUAGCUAUCUUGUAGGUGUUAUAUAUCAACGAAUGUUGUAUGCAGGUGCACUUUUAGAAACAUAGCCAAUAAAAGCCACAGGACGUUCCCUAAGUCACAGAAUUGUAAAACCAGUGGAUUCAGUUUCAUCUUCUGCAGGACACGACACCGCUUUUUAUGAGCUGAAAACUGCUUUCGAUUGAAGGAGUUAAUGUGGAUUUUAGUCUUUUGCCUAAUCGGUUUGUUCUUCUGCCGCGGCUUUGAUAAACAUCCAUUAUGCUUAUUUCUAUGUGAUCUAGAGCUAUGACCUUGAGGUUUUGUUGUUAUGAAACUGUACAGAAAACAAUGAGUGUUAAAUAAACAUCACUUUUAAUGCA